CUCUUAGUUAGCCAUCUUGUUGUCGGUGUCUGUUCGUGGCUAGACACCUUCGAUUAUUUUUCCGCCAAAUCAGCGUCACAGCAGACGCCGCGCCGCAUACGUGAAAAAGCGAAGUUGCAAAACGAAGCAAAAAGAGCGCAAACUCUAGAAAAGAGCGGCAGAGCCAAACAUUUGGUGAAAAAGUGGUAAUAAAAACGCCGUCAAAAUUAUCAAAAACGCGCAAAACACAGGCCGAAAGUCGCUGACUAAAAUGGCUAUACAGCUGGACAAAAUUCUGGCCGAUAUUGCCAAGGAAAAGGCACUACAUCCAAAUAAUACAAGUGCCACCAAACAGGAGCAGGAUGAUGCUUGGGCGCGCAUUGGACGCCUUAACAAGCUCACUGUGCACGAGUCACGCUCCAUUUUUAUAGUGCUGCAGAAGAAAUAUGAACAGGAGAAACUUAAAGGUAAUUCUGGAUGGAAAUUAUAUGGACUAAUGCAGAAAAUUCAUCAGGAGCCGAAGAUGGUGAUAAAAACGGAGGAGGAACAACUGCCCAUUGAGGAAGUAGAGGAAUAUGAAAUGUUAGAAGUCCAGGAGCAGGAGGAAGAUGAUGAAGGCUCUGCCAGUGCGACUCCACGACAAUUUGGUCAGACCACCAAUUCCACAGGUUCAGCCAGCUCGGAUGGAGACAGUCCGACAAAGUCAAGUAGCACUGGCGGCGGCACUCCAGAGAAGGAAGCUAAGCCGUAUACCAAAUCCAACGUAGAUACGCCGCGUCCAGCAUUCGAGGAGAAGAAACUGCUCAACACCAUGGCCAACAAUCCGCAACGAUUCAACUCGCAAUCCAAUGCAGUCUCCGUGGCAGCAGCCGCACUUCAAAAGAAGGGCAUAACCUUGAAAAAGACACAUAGUAGCGUCGCCGCUGGACACAAAUCGACGUCCGGCACAUCUACACAGCAACCACAGUUAAACAGCAAUAAAGCAAUGUCCUCCGUACGCACCACAAUUCAACUGCCCGAUUCGAUGAAGCGCAAGCUUUCUGACGAAUGCAGCAAUGCGCCGGUGCAAAAGAAGGCACAAAAGACUCAGACUCAGACUAGCCCCAAAAGCAGCCAUACAUCAGGAGGAGCAGGAAUAGGAGCUGCAGCAGCUACAGCUUCUGCGGUGCCCAUAACUCCACCGAACGUAACAGCCAAUGUGGGGCACACGACAACCGCUCAAUUGCUACAGGUGAAGAAGGAGCGCGAAAGCAAUCAAUCACCACCCCCAGGCAUUAAUAUUAUAACCAUACCUGCAUCGCAGCAGAUAAAUGGGAAUCUUGUUGGUGGCGGUGCAGCCAACUCUUCGACAGCGGCUACUGUGGCAUCGACAUCGGUGGCCAGCACCAAUGGCUAUUCGCCACAUCUCGAUGAGCUCAAUGAAAUCAUAUUUGAUUCGGGCAAAGUGAAUGCCAGCUCCCAUAAUGCCGCUGAGAUUAUUAACUUGGGAAAUGUUGACAAUUCGCUGCCGCCAACAUUCUUCAAGAAUCUGUGCAACUCAACGCGCCACGAAGCACUCGGUCUCUACGUGGCAAAUGUGAUGAAUCGAAUUUCACAGCGUGGUGCUGCCAAACUGGAGCUUGGCAUACUCCGAGCUAUUGUGGAUGUGCAAAGCGAUGAGUUUGAGCAGUAACCAGUCAAAAAAACAGAUUCACAGGAGUAAGCCCCCUCCCACAUUUAGAAGUCGUCAACUAGAAACUGUUACUGCAACAGAAAAUUCAAUUUACGAUAUCAUUUAGUAGCGUUUACACGAGCUCUUGUUUACA